AGAAGGCUCAACGUCAUAUUUCUGCGUCGCCUAACGAGGCAUGUGAAAGGAUGUAUUUGAUUAGAAACGUAAGAUACAGUCAUGUUAAUACGCGUAUAGUAAGUGUAACUUUGUUCUCUAAACUGUUUGAUACAUUCACUGGAAAUACUAGCUUUUGUAAAAACAGUAACGAUAUUGUCUGUGUGUUUGUGAAAAUGGCUAACUACUGAAUACACCAUCUGAUUAUAGCUAUGUAGCUAGCUAGAUACGUACAUUUAGCAAGCGAACGAUAUUGUUAACUUGCCACCAUCAGUAACAUCAGAAUGCCGUUUGUGAAGGUCAGUAACUCCGUGUUGUCUACGUCAAUGUCAUACCUAUCCAACUCAUCCUCGUGUUAUUUCAAAGCACUAGCAUGUAUCAGUGGAGCAUUCGGUUCAGCCUCUGGUGCCCAUCCAAUGUCAACCACAACGCAACCAGUGGUCAUUCGUAUACCCAGACACAUACAGGAGAAGGUAGAAAAUGUGAAACAGUUGAGAGGCAAUACCAAAAUCAACACCAUCAAGGCUGGCAAGCUCCUAAUAAUGAGCAAGAACCCAGAACUGAACCAGUCCGCGGGUUACACAUUUGGGAAAUUUGAGCAACCCCAACUUUCCUCUAAAGGAUGGAAGCAUAACAAAUCAUAUGGUGACUACUUCACGAUUAACAACACUCAGACCACGCCACCUUUUAUCACUGAAAUACAGGAUGAGGGUAGCGAGCCCAAGGGAAAAAGUAAACAAGUAACAUUCAGCAAACUGCAUCUCUGCCCGGACUUACUGGAUGCUUUGGGCAAGGAUAACAUAACACACCCUACAACUGUACAACUACAAACCAUACCCAAGCUCUUGAAUGGCUAUAACAUUCUUUGUGCUGCUGAGACAGGCAGCGGGAAAACAUUGAGCUACCUUCUGCCGAUAAUUCAUAAACUACAGGUUGAAAAAGCAGCCGAGUCUGUAGAGACCACACCCAGGACUCGCUCUGUAAUCCUCGUUCCCUCUAGAGAACUAGCUGACCAGGUCUCAGCUGUAGCCAGGAGCCUGUGUGGCCCAUGCAGACUGAUGGUGAAGACAGUGGGAGGAGGUAGAGGUGUGGGACGCAUCAGGCUGGCCUUCAUCAAGGGCCCUCCAGAUAUGUUGGUGGCCACCCCUGGUGCCCUCAUUAAAGCUAUGCGGAGACGAUACCUCGACCUGGGGGAGCUGAGCUUUGUGGUGGUGGACGAGGCAGACACGAUGUUUGACCCCAGUUUCUCUGGCAUGCUGGAGAGUAUCCUAGCUCAGACCCGUGUGGCCAGUGACCCCUCAGAGACCCGGGGCCCUAGCCCCACCCGUAAGGCCCAGCUGGUGGUGGUGGGGGCCACAUUCCCCGGUGGGGUCGGUGAGGUGCUCAGUCAGGUAACAGACCUAGGCAGCAUGGUGACCAUCAAGAGCAAGAACCUUCACUUUCUCAUGCCUCACGUAAAACAGACCUUUCUGAAGGUGAGGGGAUCUGACAAGCUUCUGGAGCUCCACCAGGUCCUAAAGACAGCAGAGCAGGACAAAACUGGGGUUUUGGUGUUCUGUAAUCGGGCCUCUACUGUCAACUGGCUGGGCUUCUCCCUUGAGGAUAUGGGUCUUAGACACGUCCGACUGCAGGGAGAGAUGCCUGCCUCGGUCCGUGCUGGGAUUUUUCACUCCUUCCAGAAGGGGAUGGUGGAUGUCCUUAUCUGCACCGACAUCGCUUCCCGAGGACUGGACACACAGAGGGUCCGUCUGGUGGUCAACUAUGACUUCCCAGAAUCCCUAACAGACUACAUUCACCGGACUGGGCGAGUGGGCCGGGUUGGCAGUGUGGAGAAGGGUGAGGUGCUCAGCUUCGUCACCCACCGUUGGGAUGUGGAGCUGGUGCAAAAGAUUGAGACGGCUGCCCGAAGGAAAACCAUCUUGCCUGGGAUGGAGUCGGCUAUCAGAAAGCCUGAUGCCAAAGCAGCUGAGGAGGAGGAAGAGUUGCCCUCCUAGUGUCCGUGACAACUAUACUACCAUAGCAGACUUAUUUACAAACAUAAGAUAUAACUGACUUUGUUUGAGAGACUUUAAUGUUUGCAUAAUUUGAUCAAUAAAGCAAUUGGAAUAAUACUAAAAAUAA